GACUAAGCCAUUUGCAAUGAGUACUAAAUAAAGAGCGCAGUCCCUGAGAUAUUGCUGUUAAUUAAAAUUUCCAUCUAUAUCUGAACGACCGCAAUUCUGUACUGUACAUCACCUAUCGCUAUUACGUUUGCCUGAUUGUCACCAGUUUUCUCACCUCACACCAGCAUCAUGGCUUCCAUACUUCGCAGCAGCAGACUAUCGCUUCGUGCGAGCUAUUCUCCCUUGAUCCGACCAGCAUCGCGUCUUACUUCCCAGCCCAUCCAGCCCUGGCGCGGCUACGCUCAUAGUUCCUACGGCGGCGAGGGCGAGACCAAGGCUGAACAGCCCAAUUCCUCCCGCAACGAGCCUACCCGAGACCUCGAACAUCCGGGCCCUCCCGCCCCAGACGUUGGUGGCUCGUCGAAGAAGUCCCAGCAGUCCGGCAGCAGCAGCAACAGUGGCAGCAAGGAUACUGGUCACGGCACUGGCACGGGCGUCGAAAACAAGAGCCACAGCAAGACUACACCAUCCAACAAGGCCAGACCGACUAUUACCGACGGCGAGAACUCGCCCAAUGCCGAUGUCGAUGGAACAGUGGGAGACAAUGCAUCGGAAGAUGUCAAGAAACAUAACAGGGAGAUGGACCAACGAUACGAUCACGCGUAUAACCAGGUGGAGAAAUAAGUCAAGGUUGAGGGUCAUAGCGCAUUGAGAGACGAAUUGGCCAUGUAUUUUUUAUGUACCCUAAAUAAUUCAAGAUGUUGCCUUCUU